AUGAAGGUCGUCGUCAUAACGCUCUUCGAGCUCUCUCAGCUUCGUCAAUCUCAAGAUUUCCGGAGGUGCUCAUAUGGGUGCCGACGGUGGGCGGCGUCGAGCGGCGGCGCGGACCCGAGCGACCCCACGACGUGGUACGCGUGGGCGCACCGCGGGCACCGGCUGUGGGCGGCCAUGGCGGACGCGUUCUGGGUGUACGUCUACAAGGUGCAGCGGUGCCCGCAGGUGGGCAACCACGACUGGACGGCGUGCCCGUAUGCCCACAAGGGGGAGCGCGCCCGGCGGCGGGACCCGCGCAACUUCUCGUACCUCGCGGUGACCUGCCCGGCGUUCCGCGAGUCGCAGCAGCAGCAGCACCUGGCGCGGACGGGGGCGGCGCCGUCCUGCGUGCGCGGGCUCCGCUGCCGGUACGCGCACGGCGUCUUCGAGCUGUGGCUGCACCCGGCGCGGUUCCGCACCGUCAUGUGCGAGGGCGGGCUGCGGUGCCCGCGCCGGGUCUGCUUCUUCGCGCACUUCCCGGCCGAGCUCAGGGGCGAGAACGACCCCGUGCCGCUCGACGGCCUCCCGCCGCUGCCGCCCCGCGUCCCGCGCGCCCCGCCGUCCCCUGCUGCGCCCCUCUCCUUCCCGCGCCGGGUCGACCUCGCCAUGCAGGCCAUGCCCGGCAAGGUCCGCCUCUACGGCGGCGCUGCUGGCGAAUCGCAGUCGCCAUCCGCACCAGCUGCCGCGGCGGAGCCUGUAGCGGCGCCGGUGCCGGCGCUGCCGCCGCCGCCGGCCUCGCCGGACGACAAAGAGGAGCCCGCCGUCCAGAACAGCCGCCGCGCGUCGGAGGACGGCUCCGAGGACGGCGACUACCCUCAUUUCGAUCUCAUCAAGGACAUGGUGCUCUGAUGAGAUAGAAAAGCUAGGGCAUUGCAUGGCGUCCAUGCGUGCGUUGGGAUGGCCAGGUGGAGGUGCUCUGCUAAAGAUGGGCAUGUCAGCAGCAGCAGCAGCGCCGCCUCCUCAAGAACUGUGCCCGAUAUGCAUGGGCGUGUAUGUAGUUACUCGAUAGAUGAAUUUUUUGUAAAUCAACUUCCUACUCUGUAGUGAUUGUUUGGGCCUGUAUGUCCUCGAUCGACGAACGAAUUAUUUGUAAA